CCUUUAAACGUGACGUAACGAAUGACCGGAAGUUACGACGUGUCGUGUUUAAAAACUUUAUUUUUUUAACAAGAUGUUUUUUUUUUGUUUUUUUUUUUAUAUUCUAAUCUCAGAAUCAGUCGUACGAACAGUUCUUAUUUGAUUUGAUUCUGAAAAUACCUUUUAAUACAAUUCCCAGGGUGCAGUGCGCAUUUGCCAUCUUGAGCUGGGCUGAGUUAGCCCCGUUAGCUUCCUACUGCUACUCUCUGCUUCUGCUGCACUGGAGUGUAGUUUAUCUGUCAGCUAGCCACUUCAAGCGAGCUGUCCACACGGCGAGACAAAACUUCACUAGAUUCAAGACUUUCCCUCGAUAUAUGGACUAUAUUUUCUCCCUGAAACGUCAAGGAGUUUAUUUACACCAUGUCUUUUGGCUCACAAGGUAGUUUAAAAUUUACGGUAUAGCCACAUUAGCCAGCUACCGUUAAAGAAGCACCGAGGGCUGGAGAGGAGUGAGCAGAGGAACCGGGGCCCGCCUCAGACUAGAGUACCGGUGGCAGCUGCUGAACAAGGACUUUUACAAGGACCUGUUGAAAGUGCGCCGUGCUGAUACGGAACAGACCGAGCAGACGUGAGAGGCAGGUGGAAGAGAAGUUUAUUUCUCUUAAACAUUUGUAGACUUUUUAUUUACAUUACCUACUUUCCUCCAGGUGGGGAGAUGAAGAGAAACGUGAGUGUGUUCUGCGAUGGUACGUGGCUGAGAUCUCAUCUGUAAUUCGCUCCGUAUUGCAUUGGUUUGCGAGUGCUUUUUUGGGAGCUGGCAAACGCACUUUUAAAUAUGUCUACAAUGCCAGCAAAGAAGAAAAGUUGCUUCCAGAUUACAAGUGUCACCCAAGCUCAAGUAGCGGGUAGCACGAUAAUAGACGACACUGAAAGCAUAGAUGAUCCAGACGAUCCCCGAACAGAUGAUGUGUCCUCGGAAAUCUUUGGUGUGUCCCGGACAGACCUGGGGGUGAGUGACUGCAGCUUCAUUGAGGAAGGUCCUAACCACACUGGAGAGCACCUGAAUGGGCCAGUGAACGGGAUCCUGUCUAUUAAGAGCAUAGGCACAGGAGGUCGUAACACCCCAGUUAGUUUAGGAGGAAGUGUGCCCGUGCCAGCUGCAACUCAACCCAUUGUUCCAGCUCCUACCGGUCAGCCUUCAUCUGUCUCCAGCUGUAGCUCCCGCUUUCGCGUCAUUAAACUCGACCAUGGCACCGGUGAGCCUUUUAGACGGGGGCGAUGGACUUGCACUGAGUUUUAUGAGAAAGAGUCAGAGUCCAAUAGAACUGUGGACAGUGUGAAACCUGCUGUGACAUAUGAGCACAACACAGACAGUGGGCUAGGUCUCGUCACUAACUCUGUCCUUAGUUCUUUUUCUGUUCAGUCUGUGGAGAACAUCGAUGGUGGACCCCCAAGGGUGCCCAUUCCCUCUUCAGAGCCGUUGCAACAAGGCUACACCUUACCUUCACAGAUUGGGAGUGUAGCAAGUGCCUUCCAGCCCACAGGAUAUGCAACUACAAUAACAUCCCAUGUCAACGUGCAACCUGUUGUUUCACAGACUUUUAUUCCCAACAGCCUUAAUGGCAUCCACCAAGCACCCAUGAUGCCUCUUGCCACACAGCCUCAACAGCUUGCCUUUUCUAAUGCUGGCAUCUCUUCUGGCCUGCCUGACUACCACCUGCAGCACUUUCAUGCAACAUCUCUGCCAAUGGUGCCUCCCAGCAGCCAGGCACCUCUAAGCCCCCCUGGUCCUGGAGGGCAAGUCCUUCUGGCUCAGGGUGCAGACGCAGCCUUAGCUCCAGUGGUGACCCCUGUCAGUGUGGCCUCAGGAGCGAUGGGCAUUACAGUCUCCUCCCCAGUCACCAUCCCCUCCCAAAGUGGAAUCGUGAGUGUGCCGACCACCAUCAGCGCGGCAGAAGAUCACAGGCCCAGGUCCGACGUCCUGCCUCUGACCAUCUCUACUGUCAAGCCUCACAUCCCCGAGGGUCUCAGCCUGACCACUCCUGCUGUCAGCUUGUUUGGCAUCGCCAUUCCUGUGGAUGGAGACGAUGACAGUGCGUCCGGUGCCAGUGUCGUCGCCAUCGAUAACAAGAUUGAGCAAGCAAUGGACCUGGUAAAGAAUCACCUAAUGUACGCCGUCCGUGAAGAAGUGGAAGUUCUGAAGGAGCAGAUCAAGGAGUUGUACGAGAGGAACUCUGUGCUAGAGCGGGAGAACGCUGUGCUCAAAUCUCUGGCCAACUCUGAGCAGCUGAACAAACUGUCCAGUCAGCUGAGUCAAGUAAACAGCGUCGCUUUGCAGCAGCUACAUCAACAUUCAGUUUCCACAAAUAACAGCAACGCUCUAGUUGGCCACUAUGAAGUGGUCAAGAGCACGCCCCACCAGCCCAACAUCACCUCGGCAUGACCAUUUUUACCUUGAUGCUCAGAAGAAGCAGGAGGUCUAAAAUAACUAAUGUUCUCUUGGCUUUGUGCUUAACCUGCUCCAUUUAUUCUCACUUGAGUGUAUGUGCCUUGUCUUGGCCUUGUCAAACACCUUUUCCACCAUGUGAGAAGUUGUGUCACGGCUUGUGAUUGGCUGAAGUGAGGAGCAGUAAAAGCCAGAGCUACAUGCUGGUGACGGGGCCCAAGAGGCACACCAUGAGCUGCUUACAUUGGGGGCUGGUGUGGUGAGUCCUAUCCAAGCGGGAGUCAGUGCUCUUCAGUGUCUCCAGGACUGGGGGGAGGGACAGAGAUAGGGGGUGAUUAUAACUCCCCCAAAAGGACUAGGAGGUCCUGGGGUCCUUCAGCUUGAGCAGAGCGACCCGCGAGCCUUGUCUUAUUUAAUGCUGCAAACAGAAAAAGCUUGUGUUGUUUUUUGCAGAGCCACAUUCUUAACAUCAAUCAUUCUUAGGUUCAUUUUUUAGUAUUCGCAUUUAUUUAUUUUCAGGGCUGCUAUUUUGUAAAUGAACAAUGUCUUUGAAAAACCAACAAAACAUCUUUUCUUUUUUUUUUUUUAAGUCUGUAAGGUAUUAUAACUAGUGAGCAGUUUAGAAGUUUUUCUUCUCAAUGCAUUGUGCAAACACUAAAGCCAGACUUAAAUUAGCUGGAAUCCAGGUUGAAUGUAUAUUUUGUAAAGUGUAAAGUAUUAAGAGAAUGGUAUGUAUAGCCUGUUUAAGAAAUGAAAUAUGUGAUGGGAUAACAAGAGGUGUUAAUUUACUUUUCUAGACUUGCUUUUGUCAGAAAUCAAAUGAAUGGGAUCUGGCUGGGGAAUGAAAAGCUGUGAAAAUUGUUCCAUCCUACUCUGUAACCAAAGACGCAAGCUGUGUAACUUUUUAAUGCACAAUCUUUUUCUAUUUUCUACUUUCCCUCUUUUUGUUGCUGUUCUGAUCUGUAAUCAAACCACUGUCUUACCUCAUGUUUUUAUCCGCCACUCUUAAUAUUUGUAUCACAUGUCAGUCUGAGGGAUUGUGUGGAGUUUUUGAAAGGGAACAAAGCAUGUAAGUUUAUAGAAAGGACUUUCAGCUACAAAAGGAGACAUCAUUUUGUGUUGAAUGUCAAAUGCUAUAAAAGUCACAACACACAUUUUAUUGUAUUUAAAAGGUAUAAAUUUGAGUUAAUGACUUUAUUGGCAGCCACACAAAUCAUACAGGAAUAGAGUUUGUGUUUCGACAUUAUGAGAUACCCUGUCUAUUUGAGCCCCCUGAGCUGCUGUCUUCUUGUUGAUUGGUAAAGUAGUUCUGAGGAUGAGAACUAAACCAAAAAUGAUUGUUAACAAUGUACAAUCAGGCACCUUUUUACUGAACCUCUCCUACUGUCUACAAAUGGGUCUAUGUCUCCCUCUUCAAAGAGUCUUUUCUAUUUUCUUUUCAUUUGAAGGAGAUGCUGUGUACUAUUUGAACGUGAUCACUGAGCCUUGGAGUAAAUAUCUUAAUGCCCUUGUAAUGUGCUGUUCAAACUAUUUUAGUUUUCAGUCAAAAAUAAAUUACUGUUUUAUUAAGACAUAA